GAGGCGUCCUCUACAGAAUGCUAUCCUUCCCAGAAGGCUGUUAUCAUCCUCUACUCGAAGAGAUGCCACCUGGGGAUUUAUUGGGCUCGGGCAAAUGGGUUACAAUAUGGCAAAGAAUAUACGCUCCAAAAUCCCCGCCAGUGACACGCUCAUGAUUCGAGAUGUCAUUCAAGAUACUACCGCGAGAUUUGUGGAGGAAGCUCGACAGGCAGCUGCAGGGGGCACUGCUGGCACUGGCACGUCAAACAUCAUUGUGGCUGACAGUGUGAGAGACAUUGCGGAACAAGCUACAGUUUUAAUAACCAGCCUGCCGGAGCCGCAACAUGUCAAGGAUGUCUUCUAUUCGAUACUCCGGCAUGGCGACCUUCCGGCUCUGGAACAAGAGCGCCUGUUCAUCGACACGUCGACAAUCGACCCUACAUCAUCUAAGGAGAUCGCGAACGCCAUCCACUCAACCCGUCAAGGUCGCUUCGUGGACGCACCUGUGUCAGGGGGUGUCGUUGGCGCCCGUAACGGGACCCUAUGCUUCAUGUUCGGUGCCACCUCCCAGUCCGGUCAAUUUAUAGAUCGUGUGAGGUCUGUUUUGUCUCUGAUGGGCAAGAAUGCGUGGCAUAUGGGUGCCCCUGGAGCGGGCGUCUCGGGGAAACUUGUCAACAACUAUAUACUAGCAAUCAAUAACAUUGCCACCGCUGAAGCGAUGAAUCUGGGGAUGCGCUGGGGUCUGGAUCCCAAGACUCUGGCCGAUAUGGUUAAUACGUCCACUGGCCGAUGCUGGCCGAUGGAAGUCAAUAACCCUGUGCCUGGAGUCGUGGACACGGCGCCUGCGUCUCGCGACUAUGCAGGUGGGUUUGGCGUCCGUCUGAUGAAGAAGGACUUGCGGUUGGCUAUCACAGCUGCAGAGGAAUCGGGCUCGCCUCUGCCACUGGCUGACGUGGCUCGCACCGUUUACAAUGCUGUGGAAGAAGAACACCGGGGGAAGGACUUUUCUGUGGUCUAUAAGUGGCUUCGGGAUAAGUCGCAAUAA